AUGCCAGAAGGCAAAGACCGCACGCUCGUGCAAAAGGCUUCGGAAAGAGUCUCAGCCGUCAAAGACACCAUGCUGGGCCAGCCUCACUUCGACUUCCCGGCCUUCGACCAACUCAUCAAGGUCGAAGGCCAGCCGCAAGGAUGCACGUGGGGCUUCUUCGACAAGAACGGCGUCAAAGACCAAGUCGGCACCAUCAACCUCCUCACGCCCGACGUCGUCAAGCAAGCCGCGCAGGAGAUCCGGACGGGCCAGCACGUCCAGCUGGACUGGUGUCUGUCCGACAAUGUGGAGUUCCCGGGUUUCGGGCGACGGAAGUUCGAGCAGAAGGUUAUUGAUUUUAGGACUUUGACGGGUGGGAAGCAGGCCGUGUUGGAUGAUGAGCUGCAUUUCAAUACGCAGGGUGGUUCGCAGUGGGAUAGUUUGAAACAUUGCGCUCAUCAGAAGACGCAGAUGCAUUAUAAUGGUCUGAGCCAUGAUGAUGCGCUCGCGUCCGAUACGAACGGCAUCCACAACUGGUGCGAGCGAGGCGGUAUCGUCGGUCGAGGCGUGCUGGUAGACUGGCUGAGCUGGUACGAGAAGAAGCACGGGAAUCCCCCUUCUCCCGUGUCAACACACGCGAUCACCAUCGCCGAGAUCGAGGAGGUCCUGAAGUGGCAGGGUACGACUCUGAGGCCUGCGGAUAUCUUGCUCGUCCGAAGCGGGUAUACGAAGUGGCACAACUAUGCCAAUUCUGCGGAACGCAAAGCCGGAACGCAGGACCACGAUAAUGCCAUCGGUGUGGAGGCUAACGAGGCGAGCGUGAGGUGGUUCUACGAGCAUCAUUUCGCGGCUGUGGCGGGCGAUACGAUUGCGUUUGAGUCGUGGCCGCCGAAUAUGGAGUCUGGAUGGACGCUACACGAGUGGCUGCUCGCGCAAUUUGGGACGCCGAUUGGGGAAUUGUGGAAUCUCGAGGAGCUGAGUAAGGUUUGUGAGAAGGAGAGGAAGUGGACUUUCUUCUUGACGUCGGCGCCGUUGCAUGUCAGAGGCGGUGUUGGCUCGCCUCCGGGUGUUAUCGCUAUUUUCUAA